AUGACCACUAUCAUCAUGCGGGCCAGGAAUUCUUCGAGUCGCUUCAUCGCGAAGCUUCUCGCGGCGCUACUGGCGGCGGCUCUUCUGCUGCCGUCCACCAAUGCAGCGACGUACCCCAACUGUCCGCUGACCGGCAAGCCACCGACGAAGCCAACAGUGCCCCCCACGCGGUGUGUGGGAGUGUCGCACCUGUCGUGCUGCCCCGACGCUUGCGCCGACCUUAACUUCGCCGUUCAGGCGCUCGGCGUUAACGUUACCGCCGCGGUGUGGCCCACUGUGGGGUUUGCCGACAUCUCCCCUAAGGACGUGCCGGCUAGCAUUGGUAUUUUCAUGAAGGACUCUGGCAGCUACCUCACGGGCAAGCCCGGCAAGUACAUGCUGCGCAUCUGUGGGGACGACUACACGGUGGUGAUCUACGGCGCCUGCUACAUGAUAAGAGUGGGGGAAACCUUUUUGGCCGACCAGUUUUUCACAGCAGAGGAUAUAAUUCAGGGGGUGAUCGUGCCGCUGGUCGCUCAGCAGAUCCCUGGCUUCAACGCCACCUUCUCGGACACCAACUGCUACUCUAAGAAUAACACGUCGAUCCCUGUCACCCCUCUCUGCUGCGACCCGCUCACCAUCCCGGCCACCUGCCCGCCCGGUGCGGUCAACAUGACGGCCGCCAAGGGCGUGUCGGGCCGCCCCCUCGACCCGGCCGUCUGCGCUGACUUCCCCUACUCCAACGCCACCCGGCCUCUCCUUGAACCUUACACCGAUGACAUCGACACUCCUUACCACUCCCCUCCUGCUCCGUCGCUCCCCCCUCCUACUCAUGCGCCCUCCCCUCCCGCCCCUGCCCUUUCUCCGCCUACCCCCUCCCCGCCAGCACCCAUUACCGGUGCUCCUCCCCCAAGCGUCGUGUCUCCGUCCCCCCCAUCUGUGUCUCCUCCCACUGGCCCUAUCCCCUCUCCUCCUCCGGCUGUCCCCAGCCCCUCUCCUCCUCCCCCUAAGGCUGCUGGGCGGAUUGGAGCCUCUCUGGCUGUGGCAGUUCUGCCGCUGCUGAUGGUUGUGCUCAUGGCGGGGGUGUGA